UUUUUUUUCAGCAUGGUUCGUUUAUAAUUUAUAACGAUUAACGACGCCGGGAUUUAAUUUCUCCUUGCAAACAAUUGUUUAUAAUCAACAAUAAAAACAAAAACAACAACACAAAUAUCCACAAAAAAAAAGGCCAACAAUCAAGCAGUUUUUCUGAUUGAAUAAAAAACAAAACACCAUUUUAUUUAUACAUAAAUAAAAAGACAAUGGCUGCAAAUAUAAAUUUCGAAUUAACUCUCCAGCAAAUAUCAACAAUAAAAUUGGCAAUUGAUCUUUGGUCACAUGCAUCAAUAAAAAAGAAAAUAAUUGAAUUUUUAAAAACAAAAGGAUUAAAUUCAAUUAAUACAACUAAAAACAAAAAUAUUGAACUAUGUCGUGAAUUAAUUGAACAAGUUAAAAAAAAGAAUUUACCAAUUACAAUAAAACCAAUGUUAAUGAGUGUCAUUAAACCAGUUGGUGAUAGAUUAUUUAAUUAUUUACAAUGUGUUGUAAACAGAUUACAUGGUCCAGAAAAUACAUAUCCAUCAAUAUGUAAUUAUUAUGAAAAAAUUCAAUGGACAUCAGUUGGUACAAUUGACGAAGCAAAUACAUUUAAAGAAUUAUAUUUUAAAAUGCCAAAUGAUGAAAUUAUAAAUAUGCAACAUAUGUUUCUUGAAGCAUGUUUUUAUUGUUGCAAAAAAUUGAUUAAAAAUAUAUGGAAUACAUGUUCAAAUGAUGAUAAAAAAAAAAUAAGUUCAACAAUUGAUUUAAAAAUGAUAAAAGAUUAUUAUAAUUACUGGAAACGUCAUGUUUAUAGUAGAAAAUCAAAUGCAUAUAAACAAUCACCAGCAGUAAGUGUACCUGAUGCAUUUACAUCAUGUCUUCUUGAUGGUAAUGUUGAAGGUUUUAAAUUUUUUUUUAAUGAACUCAGUACAAAUGAUAAACGAGCAAUUGUUGUACCAACUGCUGAAGUAAUAUUGGUUAAAUAUGUUGAAGCAAUUAAUCAUAAACAAAGUUCAAUAAUGUAUAUUGCUACUGAUGUUAAACAACGAAUUGAUAUGUUAAUAUUUUUAUAUAUAAAUAUGCCAGUUAGUGAAAAAUCAAAUUUCAUUUGUAGAAAUAAAAUGGUAUUACUUGAUAUAUUUAUCAAGGAAUGGCCAUGGAGUAAUUCUUAUGCUGAAAUAUUGGAUUUAAAUCCAUUGACAACAUUGGAAUAUGGUCGAUUGAUUGUUAGUAUUAUGAAUGUUGUUAUUGAUGAAUUUAAUCAACUUGGAAAGAGUUCAUUAACCAGUUUAUGGAUGCUUGUUUAUACUUAUGAUAAACUACCUGUUGAUGAAAAAGCUAGCCUUGUUGAAAUAUUUUGGGAAUCAUCACAAUUAUUGACAUAUAAAUUGCAAGCAAUUGCUUUGAUUAUAUCGGUUAUAGAUGAUGAUGGUGUGGCAACACAUUAUGAUGAAAUUAUCAAAGGUUUUGAAAGAGCAUCAAUUAAAAUAUUGCUAAAAGAUCACUAUGAAAUUAUUGAUAUUUUCAUGAAAAGUAUAUUGAAAACAGAUGAGGAGAGAAAACAAUUUAUGGAAAAAAUAAAAACUCAUAAUAUUUGUCGUCAUUUUAUUGUUUCUGGAAAAUAUAAAGAAGCUGAUAAAUUUUUAAAUUGGCGUUUUAAUAAUGACAAUGAUAAAAGUAAAUUCAAACAAAAUUUAAGAAAUAAUCAAUAUUGUAUAACAAUUAUUUGUCGUAUUUGGGAUUCAUGCAAGAAUUUAAAAGUUGAAACAAUUAAGCCAAUAUUUGAAAAAUUCUUUAAAUGGAUAAAUUUCACAGAAAAAGAAAUGAAUGAAUUAAAAAAGAAAAUUAAAAAUGAUCCACAAGUUAAAAUUCAUCUUAAAAAGUAUUAUUUAAAAUGUCCAUAUCUUUAUAUUACUUUGUUGGAUAGUUGUUCAUUUACUCCUGAGGAAAUUGAUGAAAUGCAGGUCAAAAUUGCAAGUGAAUCUGAAACUCCAAAAACUAAAAAAACUCCAAAAACUUAUAUUAAAAUUAUACGCAAGUAAUUUCGACAAAACCACCAGUUAUUAUUUUUAUAUCUUAAUUUUUUUUCGUUAUUAUUUUUUGUCAUUUUCAUUAUUCAAUUUACAUAAUUAUCAGUUUUUUUUUUUUUAUUUUAUCUACCUCAUUUUUCAAGACAAAAAAAAAUUUUUUUUUUUUUUUCCAAGUUAGUUUUUAGUCCUUUUUUUUUGAUAAUAAUAUUACAUAAUAAUCAUUAUUAAUUUUAUUAAUAAAAUUAAAAUAAUCUGUUGUGUAAUAAAAAUAAUUCAAUUAUUUUUAUAUUUUCGUAAAAUAUUUGUACUCUUGUAAUGACUUUAUCAAAUAAAUGAUUCUUAAAAUU